GCGCAUCUUGUUUUGGAGGAAGUGAAGAGAGCUCCGUUCAGCUAGCAGCUAGCCGCUUAGCCUGACAGGAAAAGUGAGUGUCUAAAAACGCCCGUCACAUGUAGUCAUUUCACUCCGACAUUUACGGCAUUGAUUUCGACAGAGAGGCUUAGUGGAGAGGCUGGCCGUCGGACAGCUGUCGUCGCCCUGAACGCGUUGCUUCGUGUAAUAUUUGCCGGAGCUUUUAGCCGUCCUGCGUGUUAAGCUAGCUCUUCCAUCACACUCGGAGAGAAAAAAAAAGUCCUCCUUUGAUUUUUUUUUAAAUUUCUUUUUUAAUCUGAAGGCUCGUCGUCCAGCUGUGGAACCAUGACGUCAAGGAAGAAAGUGCUACUCAAAGUCAUCAUCCUCGGAGACUCUGGCGUUGGGAAGACCUCGUUAAUGAACCAGUAUGUGAAUAAGAAGUUCAGCAACCAGUACAAAGCCACAAUUGGUGCUGAUUUCCUGACGAAAGAAGUGAUGGUAGAUGACAGACUGGUCACGAUGCAGAUUUGGGACACUGCAGGUCAGGAGAGGUUCCAGUCCUUAGGUGUGGCUUUCUACCGGGGAGCAGACUGCUGCGUUCUGGUGUUUGAUGUGACUGCACCCAACACCUUCAAGACCUUGGACAGCUGGAGGGACGAGUUCUUGAUUCAGGCUAGCCCACGAGACCCAGAGAACUUCCCUUUUGUGGUGCUGGGGAACAAGAUUGACCUGGAGAACAGACAGGUAACAACCAAACGAGCACAGGCCUGGUGUCAGAGCAAGAACAACAUCCCGUACUUCGAAACCAGCGCCAAAGAGGCGAUCAACGUAGAGCAGGCCUUCCAGACUAUCGCACGCAACGCUCUUAAACAGGAGACCGAAGUGGAGUUGUACAACGAGUUCCCCGAGCCGAUAAAGCUGGACAGGAACGAGCGAGCUAAGCCUUCAGCAGAGACGUGCAGCUGCUGAGGACGCUGAGGAUGGUCAGGGGCUGGUCAUCGCCUGCAUCACCCUGUCUUGCCUUGUCUAUUUAUCCCCUCUCCCAUGGCCCCACUGUGUUAAGCCCUAACGCCCAACAUACAAGCAGCAUCCCACUCAUAAGAGUAUAUUACUACAAACAUGCUGCACCCACUUCCUUAUAAAUAUAUAUAAAUAUAUAUAUAUAUAUACAUACGAAAAUACAUUUUCUAUCAAAUAGUCUUUUAGUCCAAAGAAUACUUCAAGGAAAGAAUUGGGUGUUUAUUUGUCUGAUGCCUGUUUCUUCCCAGUCUGUGCCCUCUUCCUCGGCCUCAGUGGUUUGGGCUUAAUCUCCUCCUGUUUCACACGUAUUUCUGCUUUCACUCCCAGUGUGCUCCCAAAUGCUUGUAUUUUGAUACUUAAAAGUGGGAAAAUCAAAACAUUACUUCUGUAUGUAUUUUGAACUUCUUAGAUUAGACAAAUAGUGUUUUGUUUUUUUUUUUCUUUUUGUUUUUUUAAAUCAAAAAUGUCUGUAAUCGUGGUGGUUAUUUUGUCAGUUCACCACCGCUGCACAUGCAGAGGAAACGCUGCUGCUUCGGAUUUUACGCAAAACGCCCGUUACCCUGGAAUACGAUCAAAGCCGCGUGAAAGAAACGUCCGUGCUGCGGCAGGGGCUUUAGCGUCAAGGUAAACGAGUAGAUCAGGUGAUGGUAAGGGUGGCCGAUGCUUAAAAACUGGCAUAUAAUUGAGAAUCAAGGAACAAAAAAAGAAAAAAAAAAGUCCAUCUGGCAUGUAUGUACAGUUCUUCCUUCACUUUGCGAUCAUGCCGUCAUACCCAGUAGCUAGAAGUUGUGGAGAUGACUUAGUUUGAGCCACAAUGAGUGCAAGCGUAGCUCAGGGUGGUACUUUGGAUCGAAGCGCUGUUUGUCUCGUCGGGAAGAUGAAGGUUCUUUCAAUCUUUUGCCGUUCAGGCGCCAAGCGAAUCGACACGGCGGAGAGCUUUUUCUGAAAUAAUACUCCCCCAUUAGCAGAUGAGUUUCUUUUACAAGACUUUGUGUGUAAUUAAAAAAAAUCUUUCAAUCAUGGUUUAGGGAAGGCAGAGAAGGAAAAAAAUAAUAAUGCUGUUGUAAAUCUCCGACUCUGCCAACUUGCUUGUGGCAGCAAACAGUUUAAGUGCUUUUCAUUUAUUUUAACAGAUUGGAUCUUUAACUGUUGGUUUGUAUCAUACUGAGAGCUAGAAAUCGACCGUAGAGUCUAGGAUAACAUGCAUAACUGUAACUAUGAGAGACUCUUAAAAAGAAAUCUGGACGUAUUUGGCCUGAUAUGGUAAUGCACAACAUCUACAUUGUUUCAAAAAUGUCUUUGCGUUUCAAGUAAUAUGGAUAAUAAAAAUCUUGAACUAA